AUGGGAAGGCAGCACACUCUGCAAAGGCAGCACUCCGUGGAAGGCAGCACUCCGUGGAAGGCAGCACUCCGUGGAAGGCAGCACUCCGUGGAAGGCAGCACUCCGUGGAAGGCAGCACUCCGUGGAAGGCAGCACUCCGUGGAAGGCAGCACUCCGUGGAAGGCAGCACUCCGUGGAAGGCAGCACUCCGUGGAAGGCAGCACUCCGUGUAAGGCAGCACUCCGUGCGAAGGCAGCACUCCUUGCGAAGGCAGCACUCCGUGCGAAGGCAGCACUCCGUGCGAAGGGAGCACUCCCUGCGAAGGCAGCACUCCCUCCGAAGGCAGCACUCCCUGCGAAGGCAGUACUCCCUGCGAAGGCAGCACUCCCUGCGAAGGCAGCACUCCCUGCGAAGGCAGCAAUCCUUGCAAAGGCAGCACACGUUGCAUAUAUAGCACUCCUUGCGAAGGCAGCACUUCUAGAGAAGGCAGCACUCCUUGCGAAGGCAGCACUUCUAGAGAAGGCAGCACUCCUUGCGGAGUCAGCACUCCCUGCGCAGACAGCACAACUUGCGAAGGCAGCACUCCUAGCGAAGGCAGCACCCCUAGCGAAGGUAGCACUCCUAGCGAAGGUAGCACUACUUGCGAAGGCAGCACUCCUUGCGAAGGCAGCACUCCUUGCGAAGGCAGCACUCCUUGCGAAGGCAGCACUCCUUGCGAAGGCAGCACUCCUUGCGAAGGCAGCACUCCUUGCGAAGGCAGCACUCCUUGCGAAGGCAGCACUCCUUGCGAAGGCAGCACUCCUUGCGAAGGCAGCACUCCUUGCGAAGGCAGCACUCCUUGCGAAGGCAGCACUCCUUGCGAAGGCAGCACUCCUUGCGAAGGCUGCACUCCUUGCGAAGGCAGCACUCCUUGCGAAGGCAGCACUCCUUGCGAAGGCAGCACUCCUUGCGAAGGCAGCAAUCUAUGCGAAGGCAGCACUCGGUGCGAAGGCAGCACUCCUUACGAAAGCACCACUCCUUGCGAAGGCAGCACUCUGUGCGAAGGCAGCACUCUGUGCAAAGGCAGCACUACUUGCGAAGGCAGCACUCCAACGGAAGGCAGCACUCCUUGUGAAGGCACCAGUCCUUGCGAAUGCAGCACUCUGCGCAAAGGCAGCAUUCCUAGCGAAGGCAGCACUCCUUGCGAAGGUAGCACUCCUAGCAAAGGCUGCACUCUGUGCGAAGGCUGCACUCCGUGCGAAGGCAGCACUCCAUGCAAAGGCACCACUCCAUGCAAAGGCAGCACUCCAUGCAAAGGCAGCACUCCAUGCAAAGGCAGCACUCCAUGCAAAGGCAGCACUCCUACCGAAGGCAGCACUCCUAGCGAAGGCAGCACUCCUAGCGAAGGCAAUUCUUCUAGCGAAGGCAGCACUUUUAGCGAAGGCAGCACUUCUUGCAAAGGCAACACUCCUUGCGAAGGCAGCACUCCUUGUGAAGGCAACACUCCUUGCGAAGGCAUCACUCCCUGCGAAGGCAGCACUCCUUGCGAAGGCAACACUCCUUGCGAAGGCAACACUCCUUGUGAAGGCAGCACUCCUUGCGAAGGCAGGCACUCCUAGCAAAGGCAGCACUCCUAGCGAAGGCAGCACUCCUAGUGAAGGCAGCACUCCUAGCGAAGGCAGCACUCCUUGCGACGGCAGCACUCCUAGCAAAGGCAGCACUCCUUGCGAAGGCAGCAAUCCUUGCGAAGGCAGAACUCUGUGA